AUGAAUAAAGAUUGGGUUCAUUGGCCAAGGGGUGAUCUUCCAUAUCAGGAGGCCUUGAAGAAUUUCAUAGAUACCGUUUGUCAGAGACUUGGAAAUCCUUCUGAAUUCAGUUGUCCUUGUGUUGAUUGUAAGAAUCUCACUUUCCCACUUCCUCCGCAAGAAGUGCAUCUUCACUUACUGAAACGAGGUUGGGAUCCUACAUACACUGAGUGGGUUUUUCACGGGGAGACUAUACACACUUCUACUGAUGUACACCAAGAGGGAGCAACAAGGGGAUCAUAUCAUAUAGAUGCUGCUGUUGAAGCUGAUGCACAUAUCGAUCAGGGACAUGAACCUGUGCAAGAUGAGGGUUUGGAAAACCAUGUGGAAGAGGCGGACACACCGUUAUAUCCUAAUUGUAAAACACACACAAAGUUAUCCAUCACUGUUGAAUUGUAUAGGCACAAGACAGUAAAUGGUUUAUCUAGGAAAUCUUUUGACGAACUUCUCAAGACAAUCGGUUCCUUGUUGCCGCCAGAUCAUUGUCUUCCUUGCUCAACAUAUGAAGUGAAAAAGCUGCUGAAAUCUUAUCAAUUGACUUACCAGAAAAUACAUGCUUGUAUUAAUGAUUGUUGUUUGUUUAGAAAAGAUUUGAAAGAUGCAGACGAGUGUCCUAAAUGUCAUUAUUCUAGGUGGAAGGAAGACACAUCUAACAUGGACGAUGCUGAAAUGAUAGACAAGCCGCAAAAGAAGAUACCGGUGAAGGUGCUUAGGUACUUCCCCAUUGUGCCGAGAUUGAGAAGAUUGUUUCAAUCAGCAGCACUGGCUGAGCAGUUGAUAUGGCACGCGACGAACAAGAGUAAGGAUGGGAAGAUGCGUCAUCCAACAGAUUCUUUGGCUUGGAAGCACAUAGACAAAAAGUAUCCCGAGUUUGCUUCAGAUCCCCGUAAUUUGCGUCUUGGGCUUGCUGCUGAUGGAUUUAAUCCAUUUGGUGAUCUUUCCGCAGCCCACAGUUGUUGGCCAGUGAUGCUCGUGCCCUUGAUUGAUGAUCUUUUUGAGUUGUGGGAGAAAGGGGUGCAGGUAUAUGAUUCGUUUACUAAAACAGAUUUUAACUUGAAGGCGUUAUUAAUGUGGACAAUAAACGAUUUCCCUGCAUAUGGUAAUUUAUCUGGAUGUACGUAUAAAGGGAAGGCAGCCUGUCCUCUUUGCGGUGAAAAUACACUUUCAAACUGGUUGGCAUUUAGUCGUAAAACUGUCUACUUGAAUCAUAGGAGAUUUCUUCGUCAUAAUCAUCCUCUUCGGCAGAAAAAAGAUUGGUUUAAUGGAGAGAUUGAGAGGAAGGAAAAGCCACCUGUUAUGUCUGGUGCUGCGGCACUUGAAUGUCAGAAUAGUAUUACAAAUGAUUUUGGGAAAGCGGAGAAGAACGAGGAGGAGAUAAGGAAAAAGAAAGAGCAAAAAGAAGAAUAA